AUGGGGAACAUUCUGUCAUUCCUGAGCGGGCCAGGCCCAAAGAGAGAGGGGGGUAAACCUUCCGAGACAUCCAACGCCAACGUGAAAGCGCAGCAGAGCCCAGCGAGGCGCACACGGGAUCUAGAUCCGGACUCGCACUCGGAUUCGCACCCGGAGCCCAGUGCAGCGCCCUUGACGUCGUCGUCGCUGCUGCCCGCCGCGAACCCGACGACGUCCUUCUGGCUCGUCCCGCCCUCGCCCAUCGCGACGCACGUCUCGAGCGAGACGGUGCCCUUGCAGGCUGACGUCGUGGUCAUCGGGUCCGGGAUAACGGCCGCGUCCUUUGCGCGCACGCUGCUCGACUACCGUGCCAGCUCCAGCGGCGGUGCUAGCGAGGCGCAAGGAUCGCAGACGAUGAGCGUCGUGAUGCUCGAGGCGCGCGAGACGUGCUCCGGCGCGACUGGGAGAAACGGCGGACACAUCAACCCGCCUUUAUACCACGACUACGCCGCCCUCAAAGCGCACCUCGGCGCGCGCACGGCGCAGCAGAUCGUGCGCUUCCGGCUGUCGCACCUCGACGCGGUGCGACGCGCGGUCGACGACGAGGAGCGUGUGCAUGCGAACAACGCGGGGCGCGCGCAGUUCCGCGACGUCGAGGCUGUGGAUGUGUUUUUUGAGCGGGCGACGUUCGAGCGCGCGAAGGCGCUGGUGGGUGUGUAUAGCGCGGAUAUGCCGGUGGAGGGGGCGCGGUAUGAGGUGUGUGAGAGGGCGGAGGCGGUUGAGAAGUUCGGGCUGUCGCCGCUCGCGGUGGGGUGCAUCGCGACGCAUGCGGGCGCCGUGCAUCCGUAUAGGCUCGUGACUGGGAUAUUGGCGCGGUUGCUGGAGGACUAUCCCGAGCGGUUCACCCUCUACGCGCACACACCCUGCACGUCUAUCAGCGGUCCCUCUUCCUUGUCCUCCUCUGAAAGCGCACAUCGAUACACCGUGCACACGCCCCGCGGACGCAUCUCCGCGCGCCACAUCGUGCACGCGACGAACGCGUAUGCGUCCGGGCUCCUGCCCGGCUUCGCGCGCACACGCGCGAUCCGGCCGCUGCGCGAGACGAUGAGCGCGCAGCGCGCGGGGACGGGGAGUGCGCUGCGCGAGGGGGCGCUGCGGCGGGCGGGCGGGCGCUCGUUUGUGUUUUUUGAUGAGCGGAGGGUGGGGUUUGAUUAUUUGACGCAGUUGCCUGGGGCGGGGUGGGAGGAGAGUGAGGAUGGGGAUGAAGAUGGGGAGGGAGAGGGGGGUUAUGUGAAUGUGGAGAAGAGCGACGAUAGUAGGGGCUGCGAUGAGCGGAAUCGUGGAGGGAAGGGCGAGAGGAGUGUCAAGCGUAAGGGCGGCGAGCUGAUGUUCGGCGCGGGCUUCGAUGGGGGAGGCGAGCUGGACGGGCUGGGCAAUGCGGACGACAGUGCGUAUAGCACGCGGAGCGCCGCGCACGUCUCGGGCGCGCUGCCUGUGUACUUUGGCGAGGCGAACUGGGGCGCGGAGGCGCUCCCUGGGCUCUCCGAGUCUGAGUCCGAGUCCGAGAGUGACGCGGAUGAGGACGAUGCCGACGGCCAGGUCGACUUGAAGGUCGGAAAGGGGAGUGAUAGGAAGCCUAGAGAGAACCUGAAGAAGAAGAAGGUGCGAUGGCACCAAGGGCGCGUCAAGGCGCUCUGGAGCGGCAUCCUGAGCACGUCUGCGGACGGUCUGCCCUGGGUCGGCCGUCUCCCCCCCGCGAUCACGGGCCGCGCGGGCCCUCAGGAUCAUGACCAGGCGCUCUCGACGGCGGUAGAACCAGUCCGACGCGGCGACGGCCACCUCGAGAACGAGAAGCAGCCGGAGCACCAAGAGCCAUCGGACCCGGAAAAGCACUGCCCCAUUGCGACUGUGUCCGAGCCAGGUGCAGGUGCAGGCGCAACAGGCACAGGCACAAGCACAAGCGCAAGGACGGGCGGCGAGUGGAUCGCGGCGGGCUACUCGGGCGAGGGAAUGGUGUACGCGUGGCAGAGCGCACGCGCGCUCGCGUACAUGGUGCUCGGCGGGGCGGUCGUGGAGGAGGAGCGCGUGCGCGAGUGGCUGCCUGGUGUGUUUUGUGUGAGCGAGGAGCGGUUGCGCGGGUUGGGGGCAGUUGGGCUUGGUGCUUCGGGGCGUCGGCGGCUUGGGGUGGAUGCGGAUAAGGGCGAGGAGGCCGGGGUGCAGCUGCAGCAGCGAGCUGGAGGUGGUCUUCGCGAUGGGUGGAUGUUUGGUAAGAGCGGGGUGUAUGCCCAGGCUGCUCGGACCCAGGCCUAG